UUCUAAAGUUAGAUGACUUCUUAAAACAAGAUGUGCACUGCCUAACCUCCCACUCUGUUUCCUCUCUUGGAAAUAUAGCCUGGUGCAGUGUCAGAGGAAGUGCAGGUAGAAUGUACUCAGGUUGAAACUGGGCCAGAUCAGUUAGGGUUAAUGUGCUACCUCCUAUGCAAAAUGCUAUUGUUGGAAAGGUCACGGCUGCUUAAAGCCUUGAGUUCAUCUUAUCCAAAAGACAGCUCUUCCAGUACCACAGGGCUCCCUAAUACAGGAUUGAGGCAGUCAGUCAAGACCAACACAGAAAAGAGUAGGCACUGGACCAUUUUCUGUAGGUCCAGUCCCUUUAUUCUACAGGCUGGGCUGUGUUCAAAAGCAUUUCUGAAGCAGUUUCAGAUAAUGCAGUUUUGCCAGCCUGUGUACAACUUUAAACUAAUUAAACUGCUCAUGCCAAAGGCUAUGCCUACCCUAGACUUUUCUCUUCAACUUCCACACUCUGGAGGAGGAAAUUUCAUUCUUUCCUAUCCAGCAGUCCUGCUCCACCAACUGUGGCAGCGCAGGUGGGCUAGUGCCUAGAUGCUAGCAUUUUAACGCUAUCUAGAAGAACUGAUCCUUAAAACAUUAGUGGCAAGUCUAUACACAUGUGUCUCUCUUCCCCCAUCCACACCCCCCAUAACGUUUUAAAGUAGCGAAGACAAGGCCCACUGCCAAUCCAGCCUCAUUUUGUCCAUCCCAGGCAUCCGGCAGUAAUUAAUUACCUACACUGUAGGGACUAUGCUGACAGCAGAGCUGAACGCUAAGGCUUACCCUGGUGACCUCACAAAGGCUCCCUGGGUGACCAAGUGGUUGUAAUCCCUGGGACCGCCACAGUGCUGUUUGGGGCUAGAUGAGAAGCAAGAGAUUGAGAAGAGAGAGGCUCGUGAGCAGAGGUGGCUGGGAAGCAGGUGUGCAGCCGCAGGGAAGCGGACGAGCUGUGCUAUGCUGUUCACUUAGUACUGUUCUCACCUGCUGCAGCAAAUCCAGCUUCCGGGCUGGGCUAGCCCUGUCCCUGGGCACUUCCUCCAAAACAAGCCGUUGGAGAGGCUGCUAUUAAAGCAGCUCUCAGUUCCAGAGCUGCCGCUAGGGGGGAGAGACGACAGCUCUAGCUCUAGCCCAUCGCAAGAUGUCUCCUCCUGUGACUCCGCCCAAGACCCUUCCCACCAAGAAGUGCAUCUGCCAGCUAUGCUCCUGCGGGCGCCACCAUUGCCCACAUCUUCCCACCAGGAUCUAUGAGAAGAGUGAGAAACCAUGCUUCCUGUCGGAGUACGUGGAGCAAUACCCCCUGUAUCCCUACGCCCAUCCCAGAGACUCAUUCAAGCCCAAGGCAGAAUACCAGAAGCAGCCAGCGGCCGUGGAGGGAAUGACAACUUUCAAGAGAGAUUACGUACCUCAUGAAGUGUUGCCAGUGAAAUUCAAACCACCUGAAAAGUAUGUCAAGAGUGAUGAGAACAUGGAUUUAAUCUCAGUAUAUAAACAAGACUACAACCCCUACCCUAUCUGUCGAGUUCCUCCCUGCUUGCCCCGUGAGACUAACUACACCUCCAAUGUCAAGAUGGACACAAUACCUACGUACAAAGGUGACUAUGUGCCAUGGAAUGAAUCAAAACGAGAGAUGAUUAAACCAGACAAUAAAUACCAUCCAUCAGAAGCAAAAUUUGACUACAGAACCACUGUUCAGGAUGAUUAUAUAUAUAAGGGACCAGUCGCCACUCACAGCUGCAAACCUCUGAGUCCAGCCCACAUGACCAAGGCACCUUUGGAGGACCUGACAAAUUAUAAGUUGAAUUAUGUGCCACAUCCCUUGGAGAAACGUUUUGUCCAUGAGUAUGAGAAGUAUAAACCCAGUGAAACUCAAUUUGAUGGCCUCACCACCCACAAACAAUCAUACAAGGGUCUGGCUGGCCCGCCUGCCAAGAUAGUGAAACCAUACCAGUCAAUGCCAACCCACGAUCUCCCGUUUUCCUCUUCCACAGAGUUUAGGGAAAAAUACCAAGCUUGGCCACAGCACCCCAUGUUCACGAGAAAACCUGAUGUGUACGUGCCCCCCGUAGAGAAAAUGGACCUUCACACAACUACUCAGACUCAUUACACGUACCCUAAGGGACAGCCAGCCAAGGCAUGUCGGCCCUUGGGCCAUGUUCCAAAAACCACUGCACCCUUUGACAGCUGCUCCACCAUGAAGGAUGACUACAAGCCAUGGCAUGGUAAGAAAGCAAAACCCAUCAUACCUGCCCCAGAACUUACUUUGCCAGCAGAACCAAUGGAGAACCUGACCACCUUUCGGGCCCAUUACGUGCCUCACCCCCCCACUUUCACUAAGAGCCUUAAGCCAGGUUGGGCAGCUGCACGGCCUAACAUGCCAUUCGAUGCAGAAACAACCUACACCACCAGCUACACGCCGAAGGAAAUUGUCAAAUGCCUUGCUGCCUACAAAGAACCCCCAGGCUAUGUGUUUCAAGAAAUCGAUGCUGUCGGUCACAAGUUCUACUGCCCUGUUUCGGAGGCUGAACGCCCAAUGAGUUCGAAGAGCAAAGAGCGAAGAAGCAGCUUUUCUGGGAAUGGACUAUACCUAUCUGGCCCAAAGGAACUACCAGUGACAGCCUGAUUUUUUUUUUAACCCUCUUUUAAACUGAUCAUUGAUUUUAUUCCUUUAAAGAGCUUAAAAAUAGCUCCCAGGGCAUAGCUCCUGGUGGAACACCUGAAUAAUAAGAAUCCUAAUGUCUGGGGAAAGAACAUUUUAAUCACCUGGUUGUGGGUGUUUUUUCUAUCUUCCAAACUCUGUCGUUAGUUAAGCAAUGUCUAUGUUGUGGUGACAGAUUUCUUGUUCAUAACCGUAUUAGGCACUAAGUUUCUUCCAUGUUGAGUGUGGUACAGCAGUCUAGAUCAUAGGUAGACAGAUCCCUUAUGUUACAAUAAAAACAGAGGUUAGUUCUGAGUGCAGGUAAAUAGCACAAGCC